UUACGUCUCCUCAGUUGUUCCUCGAACUCCUGCGACAAGCGAUCGCACCUUCGAGCCCACCGAUCGCGCUCAGGCGUCGUCGAUGGAAAGUCCAGCUUGACCUUUUUCUGGACCAUUUAUUGUUAUUUUGUCCUCCAGUGUACGCAAAACUCGGGCACUCGGUGCAACCGCAGCUCGCUUGGAAGUUGGCACAAUGCGGCUCCGGACGUGGGGAGCGGCCGGCGAGUCGGUGCUCGGUUUGCUGGUACUGCUGGUGCUCGGCACUUACGCACAGGAGACCUUCGAGAGCACCUUCGGGCUGGACCGGGAAGCCAACAAGUCCGGCGAGCUCGAGGAUCUGGGUGAAGCCGAGGAGGGCUUGGCCAGCGAGACCCGCGGUAUCCCCAGUUACGCGCCACCGGAGCCCGAGGGCACUCGAGGUCCGGUCUCGCCCAGGUUCCUCGCUGACGACCCGGCCAACGCCAAAUACGUGAGAUAUGACUCCAACGAGCCGGAGGCGGACCGUUACGCCCCACGGCCAUCCGACCAGACGAACCCAAUCUUCGUCCUCAGUCAGAAGCGGCUCCUAGACAUACGCUCGAAAAUGAUGUACUGGUACUUUGACAAGGGCGGCGAGAGCGGCACCGGUGACUACCAGGGCGACAUCCACAACUCCAUGCCCCAGAUCCACAAAAACUUCAACUUCCAGUUGCCAUUUUACGGCUUCCGAUUCAACUACACGAGGGUGUCGGUGAACGGCUACCUCGAGUUCAGCGAUCCCCCCGGGCACUACACCUACCCACUGGUGUUCCCGAUCAAGGACUGGCCCAAGACGAACGACCCCUCGUUCAUCGGGAUCUUCUUCAGCAAGUGUCGGAUCGGCACGCUCCGGCCGACCGACAUCGACCAGAGGAAGCCCGGCGUCUACUUCAGAAUGGAGCGCGACCUGCAAAAGAGGACCGACCAGUUUGGCGUUGAGAUGCGCGAGCGACUAACCUGGGACAUAAGGGAGGGCAUCGUGGGAGCCGACAACUUUAUCCCGAAGCACGCGGUCGUCGUCACGUGGAAGAACAUGUCCUUCGCCGGUGGUAUCGACAUCACCCUCACCCGCACCAAUACCUUCCAGUUGGUACUCGCCACCGACGAGGUGUACACCUACGCCAUAUUCAACUACCUCGAGCUGCAAUGGACCACCCACACCGAAGCCAGUGGUGACACCACCCUCGGCGAGGGCGGCACCCCGGCUUUUAUCGGUUUCAAUGCCGGCAACGGCACCCACAGCACCGAGUACAAGCCGUACUCGCAGAUGUCGACGCUGCGCGAUCUGACCAGUCGGGGCUGGGUGAACAACUUCCCCGGCAGGCACAUCUUCCGCAUCGACGAGAAAAUCAUGCUCGGCAACUGCAACAAGGACAUAGCUGGGGCGAACCUGCCGUUGGUCUUUGCGCCGGAGAGCGGCAACAUGCUCGGUGGUACGGUCGUUAACAUAACGGGGCCGUGCUUCCUGCCGAACGACAAGGUGAGGUGCCGCUUCGACACGGAGGAGGUCACCGGGACGAUCAUCGACACGAAUCGGGCCAUUUGCAUUCAGCCAUUCGUCAAAGUCGAGGGCUACGUUCGCUUCGCCGUGGCCGUCAACAAUGGAAGAUACGACUGGAAGGGAUUCUUUUUCAUUGAAACACCGGCCACCGCGACCGAAAGGAUAUUCUUCCAGACGAUGGCGGUGCACGAGCGCGACCCCGCCGAGCUGAGGAUCACGUGGAACGCCCAGAACUUGACGACCAACCUCGACGCCUCCGUGCAGAUAUCCCUGUGGGGCUACCGGGAGACCACCAUCAGGCCCGAGCUCGAGUACAUACAACUCCUAGAGCCCAAUCUGGUAAACUCGGGAUACGCCACUUUGACCCCGGCCAACUACAAGGACAACAAAAAUCCGUACACCAACGACAUGCAGUUUGGAUUCCUGAUGAUCAACCUCACGGAUCCCAAAACGUACUUUGGACUGGACAUAAGCCCCGUCCUGUGGAGCAAGCCGAUUCCCCUGGCUUGGUACUUUGGGCCGCAGUGGGAGCGCAUGUACGGACACCGCUGGCCCCAAUACUUUUGCGACAAGUGGAUCAUGAACGACAGGUACUUGAAAAAUUUUGCCGCGGAGGUCUCCCUGUGCCCCUGCACCCUCGAGCACGCGCUCAACGACAAGGGCCGCUUCAAGCCCGACUACGACUGCGACCGCGACUCCAAUCCCUCCUGCUUCUACAACAAGGGAGCCGUCCACUGCGUCACCACUGGCUCGCCCAACCUCGACGGGUCGGAGCAGCAGUGCUGCUACGACAAGAACAACAUGCUGAUGCUGACGUACGAUCAGCAGUGGGGCUCGAGACCGCGGCGCUCGCACAAUCUCGGCUACCUGCCCUGGAACGAGGCGAACAAGGUACCGACGCUCUCGCACUGGUACCACGACGUGGUGCCAAUGUACACGUGUUGCCUCUGGCAGGAGGAGCAGGCGGUCGGCUGCGAGACGUACCGAUUCGAGCGCCGGCCGUCGCAGGACUGUAUAGCUUACCAGGCGCCCGCGGUGGGCACCGUCUUUGGCGACCCGCACGUGAUAACCUUCGACAAUUUGGCGUACACGUUCAACGGCAAGGGCGAAUUUGUCCUCGUGCGCGUCAACGACAUCAAGGACAAGCUCGACGUCCAGGCGAGGUUCGAGCAACUGCCCGACAACGUGCACGGCGAGGUGCGCGCCACCCAGCUCACCGCCAUCGCCGUCCAGGGCAACAACUCGGCCGUUAUCGAGGUCCGGCUGAGGCCCCAGCACGCCCAGUGGCGCUACCGGCUCGACGUGUUCGCCAACAAGGAGCGGGUCUACUUUGACCGGACCUCCCUCAAAUCGCAACAUUUUGCCGGGGUGGUGGUCCACACGCCGAGCUACAUACUCAAUCAGAGCGAGGUCAUCAUUAUGUUCGACACCGGCGCCGGGGUCGAGGUCAUCGAGAACCAGGGCUUCAUGACGACCAGGGUCUACCUACCCUGGACCUACAUGAACAAAACUAGGGGUUUGCUGGGCAACUGGAGCUACGACAUCCUCGACGACCUCACCAACCCGGACGGUACAAUAGCCAGGCUACCGAACAUCAACGACUUUAGAUCCGUCCACGAGGAGUUUGCCAUCAAUUGGCUGCUCGAGAGCGGGGAGGACCCGAGGAAGGGCGUCUCCCUGUUCAAGCACGAGUUCAGCCGGACGUCGAGCUACUACGCCAACAGGACCUUCGAGCCCGAGUGGCGCGUCGAUCCCAGAGACUUUUUGCCCGCCAACAGAUCUUACGACGUGAUUCGCGCCGAGGAGCUCUGCGGCGACGUUUAUCAGUGCAAGUACGACUACGCGAUGAGCUUGAACCGAGAUCUCGCGCAUUUCACGACCAACUACUUUGUCUCUUACACCACGAUACGGGAAACAAACAGCAAGAGGACCGUGAGCUGCGGGAUCCUUGAAACGCCGCGCUUCGGGCGCAAGAGCAACUUCCUCUUCACCCCGGGAACGAAGGUAACUUUCGAGUGCAAUCAAAACUUUGUGCUCAUCGGCGAUCAGAGGCGCACUUGUUUACCAGAAGGUCGUUGGGAUUUGUCCGAGAACGGUUACACGGAGUGCCUUCGUAUUGGUAUAAGGAAUGCUCGGUUGGCAACUCUGGAUGUCUCCGAAUCUUGA